AAAACCAUAAAGUGUUCGGAGGAAGUCACCAAAAUGCGAAGCACUUUUGGAGCCUGGAUGUCAGAUGCAUCCGAGCUGAAUGAAGGUCGAUAUUGGCAGGCCGAACAUUUUUCAGGCCGUCUUUUGACAGAGCACAUGAACAUUUCAGCAUUUGAAGAUACAGGCAUUAAAACUACAGAUGUCAAGAGGUUCUACCAAGGGUGUGGUCAUGUGAUUUACAAAGAGUCCUUUUACUUCCACAACGCAGGAACACACAGACUCAUAAAAUUUGACCUGAACACCAUGAGAACUAAAACUCUGAUCAUGGCACACAGCAGAUACAAUAACUUGACUUAUCUUUUCCGCAACUCAAAGACUUACUUCAAGUUUGCUGUGGAUGAAAAUGGACUGUGGGUCAUUUUUGCAUCGAACACAGGCGACAAUACGAUGGUGGCGAAGCUAAACCCAAAGACAUUCACUGUGGAGUCUAUCAUUAAAACGGCUUACCCCACAAGUAAAGCGGGAAAUGCUUUCAUAGCAUGUGGAGUUCUCUAUAUCACAGAUAGCACAGACAGAAGAGUGACAUACGCCUUUGAUUUAAAGACACAGAGUCCUCUUGAUGUAAGUUUUGAUCUGAGGUCGGCUAACGGCAUCUUGGCUAUGCUGUCGUAUUAUCCCAAUAAAGAGCUUUUGUACAUGUGGGACAACAGCAGUGUGAAAACCUGCAAAGUUAAAUUUAAGCAGACUAAAACAUAACCACAGACCUUUUAAAAAUGAGUAAUAAAGGAAUGGGUUAAGUUUCAUUUGGUUUACUUAAAUUUCAUUACCAUAUUUCUACAUAGGAUGAAGUUUCUAGUAAAUGUUUUGUGGUAAACAUGUGACCCAUCAGUCAAAUCAAGAUGACUGUAUAUGUAUUGAUUCCAAGGAUUUACAAAGUGUGAUAUGCUAAACGGUGGUACGAGAUAUGGACAUCUGAAUUCUCUCAG